AGCUGCUCUGGGAAGGAGAAGCAGGCUUGGGGAAGAUGAGCUCCAGCAGGUACCCAGUGGAUGUAAAGGCUGUUGGCUUGAUGCAAUGUGGAAAGCAGAAGAAAUACAUGAUGUCUGUGUCUUGGUCAGAUCAGAACAAAAUUCUAAUCUACCGGACAUUUGAAGACUUCAAGAAUUUCCAUAAAGGGCUGAAGAGAAAAUUCCCCAUCGAGAGCGGCUCGAUUAAGAGAUCUGACCGGACAAUACCCAGGUUUAAAGAUGUAAACGCGAAGCACAGGAAGAGCGGGAAAAUGAACUGGUGCCUGGAGAUACUGAAACUGCUGGAAACUUAUUCCCAGGAGCUGCUGAAAACGGAGGCUAAAAUCUCCCAGGGUGGAGAUGUGAUUCGGUUUUUCAAGGCACAGACCCAAGAUCUAGAUCCCUCCUUUCCUGAAAACAGUGUUGUGAUCAUGCCAUCCGAAAUCGGAGGGGGGAAGAAAAACCAGCCAGGGCCACAGCUCUCCAUUACACGCCCUCAGGUUUCCCAGAGCUACAGAUGCAUCGAAGCCUUUGAAACCAAAGACACAAAGAACCAGAAAUUCAAAGUCGCUACGAAGGAAAUUGUUGAAGUGUUAAUCAAGGACAUGACUGGAUGGUGGCUAGUAGAAAAUGCAGACAAGCAGAUAGCCUGGUUCCCAGCUCCCUACCUGGAAGAGAUUGAUGCCCACAAGGACAUGCAGAAGGUCUUGAGCGCAAACGAGGAUGGCAGCCUGUACUUUGUUGUGCGGGACUACGAGUCUCAGAAGGCAGAUGAGCUCUCGCUGAACAAUGGCGUCGUGGUGGAGGUGGUCAAGAAAUCUGACGAUGGCUGGUGGCUGAUCCGAUACAAUGGCUGUACCGGCUACAUGCCCUCCAUGUACCUCCAGCCCUACAAGAAUCCUCACCACAAGCUCCAGACCAUCAUGACUGCCGGGCUCAACAUCUCCACCCCAAACCUUGCCUCCUCUCUGACAGCUCCUCAGUCCCAGGCUGAGCACAGGGUACGGGCUCGCUCUUCCUUUGACCAGCCUGAAGAGGACAUGAGCUCUCUCAGAAGCAGAUCAAGGUCUCUGCCCAGGGCCAGCUCCACCCCAGACCUGGAGUCAGACAGCUCAUCCCUCAGCUCGGGGAGCAGCAGCGAGCGGGACAGCCGGCUGAACUGGAAGCCUGAAUUGUCAAGAUCUCUGCCCGAAGUCGAGCAGGCCAGGAGCUCUCCCCUGGAGCAUACAUUGGCCAUGGACAGCAGCAAGUCCCCACACCUCACCCACAAGGACAGGAACGAUUCUGGCUUCGUGGAGUCAUCUGCAGGCGAUCUAAGUCACUCCCUCACUGACCCAGACUUGGCCACUUGCGUCCCCAAGGUGCCCGUGCGCCCCUCAGCUCACGAGAUCCUCCAGAAGUGCAGCACCAUGACGAAGCGAGCCCUGCAGAAGUCUUACACCCGGCCUGCCCUCCAGACUCUGCUCCCCAGCGUGCACUAGUGCCCACGGGGGAGGCACGGACCCAGCCCGGAGCCAGCACCACGACCGAGAGCCGGGCUCCCUCCUCACUGAUGGCCCACAGGAACCCGGGCAGUGGUGUGGGCAGCGUCAGGGCUUGGGACUUGUUGCUUUCCGAGGACACAAAUAGAUCCUGACAGAACUUGCAUGCAAACAUUGCUGCCCUGGGUAACAGUGACCGGUGCUGCAGCUCACACCGGGAGGUCGGGGAGCCAGGAGGGGCUUUACUGGAGUCGGGGGAUUUAGUGGUUUAACUCAUCAGGGGAGCCAAGGCACCUGCGGAUCUGGCAGCUCCUCUGUAAGUCAGUGGUCACUUGGGAUUCAGUUCUCCCUCGGGCCAGGUAUUUGUCCCACGGUGCAGUGUGUGACAGUGUCACCAUCGUCCUUGCGUUAUUCCCCACAGCAGGGUAGCUGUCAGCACCACAGCCACCCUGCAGAGAGACACCCGGGCAGAGGAAGUGACAGAGUAUGGGGCAGAGAUGGGAUGCUGCAGCCAUUUGAAUAUCAUUCAUAUGAACCACCUAUUUUAUGUAUUAAUUGUAUUUUAUGUAUUAUUUUUUUAAAACUCUUUGAUUUUUGGUGUUUGUCUGGGGUUUUGGAGGGGUGGGUUUAAAGGUUAGGUCAUAUUUGGUAGCGGAGAACUGGCCAUCAAAUAUACAAAUUGGCUGGAUCUGCCAAAUGGCCCAGUACAAAAGCCCUGGUGGCUGGGACCCUCAUCUCUGAUUAUUUCCUACAAAGAUGUCUGUGCAGGCACAGAAACAAAAGCGGGUGUAGUACAGCUUGUUUCCCAACUGGGUAACAGGGGCAGAGUCAUUUUUAUGAACAAAAUAUUCUCCUUUCAAGGGGAUCUGGUAGUUACUGAAACUAACAAUUCUCAUCCUAAACUCAUUUUCUAGAAUAGAGUUAGAAAAAUAGUUAUAGGAAAACUUAAGACUUUUAUAUAGAUUUCUAUCUUUAAUUUUAGUUAUUCUCCUAGGUAUCUGUUAAUAUUUUUGAAACAAGCAAUUUAACUUGAGGUGUUUAUGUUGUUCUGAAUUUUAUACGUUUUAUUACAUUUAUUUGAGAGACUAAAAUAAAAUACAUGUAAAUAUU